ACUUAAAUCAAUGUCCUUUGACGAUUAUGCGGCAUUGAACAUGGAAUAUGUGCAAUACUCUACCUUCUGCAUCCUUCAAAAAUGUUCUGCCUUUCUCUUCGACGCAAUCAUUUCCAUCUGCUCUGCAUCUCCCAUUAAGGUAUCCAUCUUUUCAACCAAUGCAACUGUAAUCAUAGUUUUCUCGGCCUUCUCCGCCACGUGGCCGUAUUUCGUAUUCUUCUUUGGCAUGUUGAACAAGCUCAUUUGGGUCUCGAGCUGCAUUUCCUCCGACAUCCAAUCUACAUUGCCAAUCUGGCUUGCUCUUCCACUCGUACCGAAGGCGUAGACUGGGCGGUACAUCUGUGCCAGCGUGGCAUCAUCGUAGUAUUCGUCGUCGUCAAGUUCUGGCAUGUUCGUGUCGCGCGAGUGGGAACAUUCAGAUUGAAGAUGAUGUCUUACACCAGAAUCGAGUAAUCCAGGAUUGCCAUAUCGCACAACAGAUUCUUGCCAAUAUUUCUCGGCCUGCUCACUUUUUGUCUAUGCAACACGCCAUCAGCGCCAGAAUCUGCAAGAGACUGACUUCGUGAAUGCUUACCUGAAGCUCGGCCAUGUGGAGGUAUUUAUAAUGCUACAAUUUUGGCCCUCCGACUCGCCCUCCCUGGACCCAGUAGCCAUGAAGAGAUCGGAUGGUUUGGACUCAAGCAAGAUUCGUAUCUCCUUGACAAACCGGCUCGUCAUUGAGAAGCUGGACAUCGCGACAGAAGCCAAUGUAACGAUUCUUGAAAGCUAAAUACCAAAGGCCAGCCUUGGUAUUAUCCCCUACUUCAGAUCGUCAGACAUCUUAUCGAAAUCGUAGGAGGGUUCAGAAGAACGAUGUUGGGAGAGGGACUAGAGAUAUCGGUUUAAUGUCGUUGAUGCGAAGAAGAAAGCUUCUGACAAGGUACAAAAAGGCGCUUGGUAUACGCCUUAAGCAAGAUGAAUUCACCUUGCCAGGACGAAAGUCAUUUGUGACUCAAGCUUCUCAGUCUAACUCAUUGAAAAGCAUAAAAGCGAGCCCCAGUUCUCAAAACAACUCCAACUUUAACCACCUCUCGGAACAACAAGCGACAAAUACGAAGAUGCGGCCCCUUACGUUUCUCACCAUCAUCAUCACAGCUCUCACCCACUCAGCAAGUGCUUCACCAACGCCUCUCCACUCUCGUGCCCAGCCAUACUACUGUAUUCCCAGCACACGCUUCACGCUGGGCUACCAGAUUUGUACCUUUGCCAGUUUGAUAGACCAGUCUUUCAAUACCUAUCUCUGGCUAUUUGACUCGCAGUGCGGAAUCGUGGGGUCCGCCUCUGAUAUAUCUCCUUUUUCUCUUCCUGCCUCCUCGGGUCCCGGAAGCCAUGUCUACAGCUUCAACUCCCGCCUUCGGUACGUCGCCGUGACGGAUCUGAAAGAUGGACGGAGCCCCGUUGUGAUGAAUUAUGCUGGAAAGAGAUGGGGUGGUAAGAAUGAACAGUGCUGGAGGGAUGAUAACCAGUGGUGGGUAUGCAGCUUUGAGUUCAACUGCGAAGCGCCAAAGACUAUGAGCAUGGCAUCGCUGCCAGGAGAAGAUGGCGGAGGCACAGUCCAGAUGGGCACACUGCCAUUUGGUCAUGGAGAGGAAGGAAUUCUGGGUGUGAUUUGAAAGGCCCAAAGAAAGGAUAACGGUGUGAUAUAUGCCCGAUGUUCUGCGAGAAGUUUCUGGAUCUGUCAUUGCGUGACAUUGGCUUUGUCGAUGUGUUUAUGUGAGCUGACACGGAGCUAAUGGAACUCAUGGGUUUCUGUGCUGCUGUAGUGUCCAUGAGCCAUCUGAAAUCCACGUUCGUCUUCAUCCAAGUACAUCGACACAUGCAUAAGUUCAACUAAUAGUUUUGACAUAGUCUUCUACUCAUG